CCCCAGUGUCGAUCACACUCUGAAUCUGAAUAGUUGAGCUGGGCGACAAUGGCGGGGCAGGCUCUUUUGCUCGUCGCCUUCGUCCUGACGGCGCAGCUGUGCGGGUGCACGGCGUACGUGGGCGGCGGGUUUAGCGUGGAGUUCAUCCAUCGGGACUCCCCCAAAUCUCCGCUAUACGACCCGAAGCUCACGGUGCACGGCCGCGUGCUCGCCGCCGCUCAGCGUUCCACGGCGCAGGCCGCGGCGCUCGCGCGCUCGUACACUACCAUCGUCUCUCCAUCUCCUGAAGGCGCCGUGUCGGAGAUUAUAUCCAGGCCGUUCGAGUACCUCAUGUACGUCAACAUCGGCACGCCGGGCACCCGGACGCUAGUGGUCGCGGACACCGGCAGCAACCUCGUCUGGCUUCGAUGCGUCAACGGCAGCACCGCUGAGCCUCCGCCACCAGCCUCUGGCUCGGAUGCGCAUCCGGAGGACGUCGUCUUCGACGUGUCCUCCUCGGCUACGUACGGCCGCGUAGGCUGCCAGUCCGGCGCGUGCCACGCGCUUCCCGUCACCAGCUGCGACGCCAGCUCCAACUGCAACUACCUCCAGACCUACGGCGACGGCUCCAACACGACCGGCAUACUCUCCACCGAGACCUUCUUCUUCGAAGACGCCCCCGGCGGCUGCGUGGGGUGCCGCGACCGUCCGCAGCUGGUGGUGCACGAAGUCAACUUCGGCUGCUCCACGUCCAUCAACGGCCCGUUCCCCUGGAACGGCGUCGUUGGACUCGCCGACGGCAACUUGUCCCUCGUCUCCCAGAUCGGCGCGGUCACAUCGCUCGGCCGGAGGUUCUCCUACUGCCUCGCGCCCUACAACGUCAACGCCUCCUCCGCGCUCAACUUCGGCUCUCGCGCCGACGUGACGGAGGUGGACGCGGUGUCGACGGUACUGGUCCCCUCCCCGUUUGGGUCCCUCUACACCGUCGCGCUCGAGUCCGUCGAAAUCAGCAACUCUACUUUCACGGUACCGCCAGACCAGUCCCAUCUCAUCGUCGACUCCGGCACGUCGAUGACAUACCUCCAUCAGGGGCUCCUGGACCAGGUGGUGGAGGAGGUGAACCGGACCAUCAAGCUCCCGCAGGUGUCAUCGACGGGGCGGAUCCUACCGCUGUGCUACGACGCGACCGGGAUGACCGAGGAGUUGAUACUGGAGAAGAUGAUCCCGGACGUGAAGCUGGUUAUGGGAGGCGGCGCGGUGGUGACGCUCAAGGCGCGGAACACGUUCGUGCAGGUGGAUCAGGUCACCGUGUGCAUGGCGGUGCUGCCGGUUGGUGACCAAUCUCCUUUUGCUAUCCUCGGUAAUGUCGCGCAGCAGAACAUGCACGUCGGCUACGACCUGGACAGGCGCACUGUCACCUUCGCCGCCGCCGACUGUACGACCGCCUACCCCUCCCCUCCCGCCUCUUUGUAGAAAUCGCCAUUAUUAGUUUGUUACCUAGCUACGAGUAACUAAUAAUCACUAGACGUCCUGUUAUCAUGGUUCAUCUCACAUU